GGUUGCAUGAGUGCAAUUCAUAAAUUCAUGUUGAGGUUAAUGUUUUAAAUAUACAAUUUUGAACAUAGAAAUAUUAAAUGAUUUAAAUAACAGAAUCAAAAUAUGGGUGAGUCAAGUGCACAUAAAUAAGGAAAUGGGUGUUUUAAGGUAUAAUUGUCAUGGGACUUCUGUCAUUUUGCCUUUUGGAAAUGUUAUUAUAUUUAGCCUAUAUUUUUUCUUUCUUAUAAUUUAUGAUUUAUUUAUAAUAAUUUUUUUUAUUGAAUUUGCUACCGUCUGCCAAUGAUCAUUUCCUGUGCUACACUGAUGUCCGUUUGACUUCCUUAACUGUCAGUCAUUCAGACAUCUGCCAGUUUAAUGAAAUGGAUGUAAUCUAUGUAAAUUCCGAUUAUGUAUAUUCAACAACUGCUUCAAUUAACAAAUGCUCUCAAUACAAAGGUCAGAAGACCCUCAAGAAAGAAGUGACUGUGCAUAAAUGGAUUAAAGUUCUUCUGAUAGUUCUCAGUGUUUGUCUUGUCUUUGCUUUCGGAGGCGUUUGCACUCUGGCGAUACUUCUUACACAUGCUACACACUUCAAUGUGUCUGUGUCUGAUCAGGGCGAAAUGCCACAGAUUACAAAGCACAGUUCGAUGCGCUCCAUAACCAGCAUUAAAUUGUACGUCUUAAGAUCUGAGCCAUGUGCAAAGUACAGCACAGGUUGUGCACUUUGUGCCGUCCACUGGAUUCAUUCUGGAGGAAAGUGUUACUAUUUCUCAACGGUCAAGAUGAACUGGACACAGAGUCGAGAUCACUGUGUGACUCUAGGAGGACAUCUAGUGAUCAUAAACAGCAAAGCAGAGCAGGAUUUUGUUACUUCUAACGUUAAAGUAACCCACUGGAUUGGUCUUAAUGAUUUGGACACUGAGGGUCACUGGGUUUGGGUGAACAACCAGCCAGUUAAUGAUUCAGGAGAAUUCUGGAUUAAGCGAGGGAAUGGAAUCAGAGAGCCGGAUAACUGGACUAAAGGCCAUCCGACGGUGAGGACUGCGCUAGUCUGGGACAUACAGGCGGAGAGACAAAUUUCUGGUCGGAUGCUUUCUGUUCUCUAGAGAAAAGAUUUGUGUGUGAAGCUCUCUGCUAUUUUUUUUUUCAACAGAACACAAAAAGACAUUUUAAAGAAUGUACUUACCACUUUCCCCCGAUAUUCUUUGUUUUUUUCUGCAUUACACCCUAUAACCAAAGUGAAGUUGCUUUUUGUC